AUGCAGAUACAGAACAGGAGGCAGCACGCAACCACCGUCAGAUCAUCUGCUGCUACUAAGACGGCGUUCCUGGACAUGGUGCCCACCACUGGUGGGGAGGAUCUCAUGCCAGCACUGAGCACCAGGCACCAAGCACUACACAGCAAGCACCAGGUACCAAGCACCAGGCACCAUGCACCAGGCACCAAGCACCAAGAACAAGGCAUUGUGCACCAGCUGCCAGGGACCAGGCACCAUGCACUGGGCACUGAGCACCAGGCACCAUCACUAUGCAGCAAACACCAGGUACUGAGCACCAGGCACCAAGCACCAGGCACCAAGUACCAAGAACAAGAGACUGUGCACCAGCCGCCAGGCACCAGGCACCAUGAACUGGGCACUGAGCACCAGGCACCAAGCACUACACAGCAAGCACCAAGUACCGAGCACCAGGCACUGUGCACCAGGCAUCAAGCACCAAAAACAAGGCACUGUGCACCAGUUGCCAGGCACCAGGCACCAUGCUCUAGGCACUGA